AGCCUACAUCUCCCAGUAGCCCUCACGGCCCGGCGCUGGCGCGGAGCGCGCAGGCAAGAUGGUGCUGCUGCGGCAGGUGUACGCGUCGCUGUUCCGCCGCAGCUCCACGUUCGCGCUGUCGAUCGUGCUGGGCGCGGUGCUCUUCGAGCGCGCCUUCGACCAGGGCGCGGACGCGCUCUUCGAGCAGCUCAACGAAGGGAAACUGUGGAAACACAUCAAGCACAAGUAUGAGAACUGAGCAGCUCAGCAGCAGGAGCCAGCCUGGGGUGGCAACAGGCACUGCAGGGAUGGGUUCAGCCUCCUGAAACUGGGAAUGGAUUCUUGAUGGAACAACUCCGAGCCACCAGCUGAUACGAUGUGAAGCCAGAUCAAGGAGUUCUGCUGCUGUAUUCCCCUUACUGUGUUCAAAUAAAACUCCUGGUCCUCUCUUG